AUGGAGACAGGCAAGAAGCAGAUUGAGGUCGAGUUUCUUGGAGGCAAAAGAGCAAGGGCGGCAGAAAGAGGGAAGAGAGGACGAUACGAAGGCUGGCGAGGCUCGAAAAGGCGACAGGUCAGCAGAGAAGGUCUCCCUGGAAACGCAAAAGAGCACGAGCAAGCGUCGACGAAAACGGACAAGAACAAGAGCGACAGCAACAGCAACGACAAGAGACACGAAAGCUACAGCAACCACGAGAAUGACCACAAGGGCAACGGCGGCGGCGCUGGGACAGCACCAAGGACGACACAAAUAAGAAAGGCGAGCGAUGAAUUUGCGACAACUCAGAGGGCGUGGGAGCGCAGGCGUUUCUGGUCCUUGAUGCACGUCGGAUCUGGCGCCUCGUCAUCAUCCUCAUCGUCACCAUCCGCCCUCAUUUGCUCGGGGUGGAUGCGGCUCCACUUUUCUGCGGCGGGAACGAUUUAG